GGGGAGAUGGGUUGCAUAUAAAGAUGUACAGCGCUUUGAAGGCGCCUUAUCGGGUGUCAAUGAAGAAGUUGCUGUUGGAAUUAUGGUAGCCCGAUCCAAGAGAAGUCUCUUUUUUAAAAUUAAUAUUCAGUCAUAG